UGCCAAACUUUACUUUGUAACUCAGAAGUAACACCCGAACUGUUCCAACUAAAGAAGCAAAGCGAAAUCAAAUCAAAAUCGCAGCAAUUGAAUCGACACUCUUCAUCUCUCUCCCCUCUCCACUGUAUCACCUCGUCUCUGUUCCUAUUUGCAGUCACAUAAGCCGGACGUCUAUAUAGGUUCAUUUCUGUAUUGGGACUGAGGGCUUCAAGUUGGAUCCUUUGGCUCUUCAAAUAUCACAAUUUUAAUUUAUUUUCUACUUUCUAGUUUCCAUACGUUGUGUUUGCUUCUCUCUUCAGUGGGAAAAAGGGCUUUUCUCUGUUUUAUUUUUUAUUUUUAGUUCUAUUUCUAACAAAAUCCCUUUUACUUUGAUUUCUCUCUCCAAUGCUUCCUGGCUACCUUAUGAUCCUCACUACAUAAAAUCCCGCCAUGACUAUACCCAAACCCUUUUGAGUUUUGAUCUACAUGACCAUGUCCCAGGGAUCUCCUUCUCCUCUUGUUUCUAACGAACCCUCUAAUCGAUCCUCCCCCGAACCCAAUUCUCGGGGCCAUAUAUCAAAUUCCACCCACGACGUCGUUCCCACUUCUAAGGAGGAAACCACCGCCGCUCCCACCACUACCAGGAGCAACCGCCCGCCUCGCGCGUGCACCAUUCGAGCUGCUUCUCGCCUCUACUCAUCGACGCAGCCGGCCGCCGGCCGGCGACUCAAAGGUUCGAAGAAGGGGCAGCGGCUGCCGGAGGACUCGCCAGAGCAACAGCAGCAAUGUAGCAGUAUUGUGACUCCACUUGUGGAGCUUCCGUCACCUUCGCAGUUGCCUCGAUGGAACCUGAGGUCUAUGUGGGAGUUAGCUUCAAUACUCAAUUUCUUGCAUGUAUUUAGGCCUCUUUUGAAUAUCUCAGCCGAAUUCUCGGCCGAAGAGUUUGAGACUGCUCUCCUUUCCCCCAAUGACACAUUGAGUGAUAUACAUAUGCCCUUGCUAAAGGCGAUCCCUCCCAUUACACGAAUGGCACUCACACGUGAUACCUGGAUAACGGUAUUAUGCAGAAAAUUGAGAGAUUGGUGGCAUUGGGUUGCGGAUGGAGAACUUCCUAUUGUUGCUUCACAUGGGCUAGAAAUAGAGGCAUACAAAUCACUUGAUCCUGGGAUUCGUGUGGUCAUCUUAAAGGCACUAUGUGACAUUCGCGUUGAGCAAGAAGAUAUUCGAAGUUAUAUUGACAGCUCACUCAAACGUGGUGUUCAACUUUCAUCAUUUCGUAAAGAGCGUAUUGGGGGUGAUUCCCAUGGAAUUUCUUAUUGGUAUGAAGAUGACCAGAUGAUUGGCCAUAGGUUGUAUCGGGAAGUGAGGAAAACUGAAGUGAUUCAAAUGAAGAAAGGGAAACCAAAAGGUUCCCGGGUCAAUUCUAGUACAACAUAUCAGUGGGAAGCAGUUGCUACCAAUUUUGAUGAAUUUGUAGAUGUCACGAAUAAGCUUUUCUCAAGCAAAAACAAAACGGAGGUGUCACUAGGGAAAAAGUUGAAGAUAGACAUGCUUCCUGAGAUUGAGAAGGUUCAUAAGAAAAAAGAGCGGUUGCUGAAAAAGCAACAAAGAGAAGCUCUUCUUCUUGAUAACUUCUUGGUUGUUGAUGGGAUUGGUCCUGGGCGGUCACUUCGGGGCAGGAAGCCUGUUACCUAUACAUUUGAUGAUUAUGAUCGGUCCAUCAAUGAGGCAAUUGAGAUGACAAAACGAAAACAACCGUCCCCAGAGCCUAUGGCCAGGAGAGAAGCAGGAGAAAAACCUGAAGCUUUGAGUAACGGUAAAUUGAUUGGGCCUUCACACGCCCCUGAACAUCUGAGCUUUGGUAUGCCAUCUCCAAAUUCACCUGACUUUGAUGAUGCCGAAGAAGAGCUUGAAUCUGAACCAUUGGAUCGAAGCAGCAAUCGACGAAGACAAAGGCCUAUGCGGUAUUCAGAGAAAGAGUUUGUUGAAGCACUUUCAGAUAAUGAGGAAGACUUUGAUAGUGAUGAUGAUAUUGUUGGAGAAGCCGUGUAUGAUGACGAAUAUCUCAGGCAACGUAAGCAAAGAAAGGUUUCUAGUAGCUCUGAAGGAGAUGAAGAAUACCAAUGGGAUGAAGAAAAUGUUGAAGAUGAUGAUCAGGAAGAUUCGUUGAGCAUCAGUGAGGACAGUAGUGACCAACCCCGUAAAUUCAAGCCAUUGGCAGGCCGUACUAGGAGGGAAACUAAGCUCCAAUCUGUUGGUGAGAUUCAAUCAGGUCUUCGACGCAGUAAAAGGGUUACCAGAAACCGAAUAAAUUACAGACAAUAUGUGAUGUCAGAUUCAGAAUCAGAAUCUACAAAACCUAAGAAGUCUAAUGCUGCAGAUGAUCAUUCAGAUCCCAGUGAGAAUGAGAACGGGGAAUAUAUGAUGGAAACUGAAACUGAAGAUUCAGAUGUUGGCAAAGAUGACGAAGAGCGAGAGGAUGAACAAGAAAUGAACCUAGAUAAGCCAACUGAUUUUCCUGUGGAGGAGAGAAAACAAAACCAGCCGCCAGAAAGACUAAACAGUCCCGCUCAGGAGGAAGUUGAGGGCAUGAACAAAAGACGCUUCCUUGAUUUGAAUGAGCUUGCUCCUAGCUCAGGUUUUGAAGAUGGUCCAAACUCGAUAAUGAAAGAUGAAAAUGAUGAUUACUGAAGCUUCCCCUUCUAGAUAGUAGAUAUUAGUCUUCUGAUCGAGGAAAUAUGUAUGAUGAUAUAAUUAUAAAUUUUGUUAUAAUCCCCAAGGUUACCAUCAGAUCACUUCCAAAGGCAUAACCUAGGCAGCUACCAUGAUGCGUGAUUUUCCACCUGUAGCAGCAUGAUGGUGAGUUGUAUAGUAUAGUUAGUCAUUUUUACUAAGCCUACAUUCAAAAGGUCAAUGAAAAUGAAUGAGAAUGAAAACUUGCUGGCUGUUAUUCAGCCUCACCCAGGCAAUGUACAAUAACUAGUACUGUAACCUCACACAGAUACGGCUUCUUGGAUCAUCAAGCCAUGUAGUUCUAUUUUUCUUGAACCAUAUAGUAAUCAUCAGCUUGAGUUCUUCAUCGGCA